UAGCUUGUAAAGUCUGCUCGGUCCCACACUGGAUGCAGAGUGGACAAGAAGGCUUCUUCUUCUUCCCAGAGUCCUCUCCCAUGGCCAAUGAGACGAUGGGGUGACCUCUUCCUUCCAGCCCCCGUCCCGGUGGCCGAACCCAGGCCACAUCUCCUAGCAACGCAGAAGAAGAAUCCACGGAUGUCGGCACCUUGGUGAUGCUGAGGCAUGACUCAAAUGACAUGGAACCGGUGCCAAGAGCCCCAGCUCAUGAUGGGCGCCCCUGCUGGGCUGCUCCUGGGGAUGGUGACCUUCCUGCGAUUCAUCGGGACGCAUGGCUAUGAUCCGCAGACCUGUGGGAAGCGGCCCCUGGCGCCCACCCAUGGCGGCAGCAUGCGGAUCGUGGGUGGCGUCGACGCCUUGCCCGGAGCUUGGCCGUGGCUCGUCAGCAUCCAGAUCCCUUCAACUCAGGGCCCACGCCACUCCUGCGGAGGAUCCAUCCUGGCCGACAGCUGGGUCCUUACCGCUGCCCAUUGCUUCAAGACAAAGAGAAGGUCUUUGCAUCUCUGGAGGAUUGUAGUGGGCACCACCGAUCUCUCUGAGCCCGCUGCCAGCGUCCAGCUGCGCUCCGUGGAAAAGGUCAUCAUCCACCAAGAUUACAAUCCGCGCACGGAGGCCAGUGACGUGGCGCUCAUUAAGCUCGACAGCCCUGUGACCUUCAACGACUACGUCCAGCCGGCCUGUUUGCCUCGGACCGCAACACUCCCGCAGACCGGCUACUCCACCUGCUACAUCAGUGGCUGGGGGACCACCUCCCAGAAUAGUGUAAAAACAUCAGAUAUCCUGCAGGAGGCUAAGGUGAACAUUUUGGACGUUCAGAAGUGCAACAGUAGCCAGUGGUACAGCGGGGCCAUGAGUCCACACACCUUGUGUGCUGGAUACGAGGAAGGGGGCAUCGACAGUUGCCAGGGAGACAGCGGGGGGGCCCUUGAUGUGCAAGACAUCCCAGAGAUCCCGGUACUACAUAGUAGGCAUCACCAGCUGGGGCAAAGGCUGUGCCCAGGCCAACCGACCUGGAGUCUACACCUCUACCAAGGACUACCUUGAGUGGAUAUUAGGGAUGAUGUUGGAAGACGAAGGGGGACAGAGCUCAAACCCCCCAAUGACAACUUCAGCCAAUGUCCGUCCAGGUGGCAUCACCCUGCUUCCCAGUCCAACCACAACCCCAUCGACAGAGGCACCAACAACCACUACGUCCACAACUCUUCCUGAAACUCCCCCACAGGUGGAACCCGUCCCUCUGCCCCCAGAGGGACCCUCAGUACCCCCACCGACCACAAGAGAGACCACCAUAGUAGAAGUGGGCACCAUCUCUCUCCCGACAAAUACUUCUACAGAAGCCUCUGAAACCACAUCGGAAGAGACAACCACUUUGUCCUCUGAGGCCUCUUCCGAAAGUCCAAACACCACCGAGACGACCCGAUCCAGGGAGACAGAGCCAACAGUCAUC